AUGAGGGAUCUAUUGAGGUUCGUUAUAUCGGGUAGUGCUGAAAAGGCUUUUGGUGGAAAGACAAUAGUUUUGGGCUUCGAUUUUAAACAAAUCCUACAUGUUAUUCCGAAAGCAACAAGACCAGUAGUUGUCGGAGCAAAUAUAAAUUCUUCAUAUAUACAUGUGGACAAAUUGCAAGACAUUGGAGAUGGGAUUGCAAGGGUUGUAAACACCGGUUCAUUUGAGAUCGAUAUUUCGGCAUUGGUUUUGUUUAAGUGUGGACACAAUCCCAUAGCAACUAUAGUGGAAAGCACAUUCCCAAGCUCUAGAUAUGACAUGUUUGAUGAGUCACAGCUAGAAGGCCGAGCGAUCCUCUCGCCGACUUUAGAUUUAGUUGAUCAAAUUAAUCAGUACAUGUGCGACAUGAAUACUACAGAAGGAUGA